CCUUCAUUUGAAAUUCUCACUUCCUUUAUUUCGUUUUGUGAUGUACUUUAACCUACCGUCUCCUCUGAGCCCUCACUCUGGUGGCAGAGUGCACCACUGACGCAUCUUGAACCGACUCUUCCCCCCCACGAGACUCUCAGUUCACCAUGUCCAGGAAGGUUGUGAGAAGCAGUAAGUUUCGUCACGUCUUUGGCCAGGCUGUAAAGGCCGACCAAUGUUACGAUGACAUCAGGAUCUCCACCAUGACCUGGGACAGCAACUUCUGCUCCGUAAACCCCAAGUUUGUGGCCAUGAUUGUGGAUGCCAGCGGUGGAGGAGCCUUCAUGGUGCUGCCCCUCAACAAGACGGGACGUAUCGACAUGUCCUACCCCACCGUCUGUGGUCACACAGGUCCAGUUCUUGACAUUGAGUUCUGUCCACAUAACGACAACAUCAUUGCCAGUGGAUCUGAGGACUGUAGCGUCAUGAUUUGGGAGAUCCCAGAUGGUGGGCUCACCUCAAUGCUUACAGAGCCUGUUGUCAAACUGGAGGGCCACUCUAAGCGUGUCGGCAUCCUGAGCUGGCACCCUACCGCCCAUAAUGUGCUGCUGAGUGCAGGUUCUGAUAACGUGGUGAUCCUGUGGAACGUGGCUAAGGGGGAGGCGGUUGUAAGGAUCGACAGCGUUCACCCUGACCUCAUCUACAGUGCCUGCUGGAACAGGGACGGCUCCAUGGUCCUAACCUCAUGCAAAGACAAGAAGCUUAGAGUGCUAGACCCCCGCAAAGGCACCGUGCUCUACGAGAAGGAGAAACCUCACGAAGGCUCCAGGCCGGUGAGGGCGGUGUUCGUGUCCGGUGGGAAAAUCCUGAGCACCGGCUUCAGUCGCAUGAGCGAACGGCAGGUGGCGCUGUGGGACCCGACCAACUUUGGAGAGCCACUGACCCUGCAGGAGCUGGACACAGGCAGCGGCGUCCUCCUCCCUUUUUUUGACCCAGACACUGGAAUCGUCUACCUCUGUGGAAAGGGAGACAGCAGCAUCCGUUACUUUGAAGUGACAGAUGAAGCUCCUUAUGUCCACUACCUGUCCAUGUACAGUAGCAAGGAGAGCCAGAAAGGGAUGGGAUACAUGCCUAAGAGAGGCCUGGAGGUCAACAAGUGUGAAAUUGCAAGGUUCUACAAACUCCUUGAGAGGAAAUGUGAACCCAUAGUAAUGACAGUACCACGCAAGUCGGAUCUGUUCCAGGAGGACCUGUACCCUGACACCAUCGGCCCAGAGCCCUCGGUUGAAGCUGAUGAGUGGUUUAAUGGGAAAGAAGCUCCACCUGUUCUGAUCUCCCUAAAGGAUGGGUUUGUAGCCACCACCAAGGCCAAGGAAUUCAAAGUCCACAAGAGCCUCUUGAAGACCACCACUGCCACUGCAGUAGGCCAACCAGACAGCAGCGGGGAGGUCCAGUCUCUAAGGAAGGAGGUUCAGGACCUGAAAGCAGCUCUAGAGGAGCUGACCAAUCGUGUAAAAGAGCUGGAGACCAAAAAUUAAAAGCUUAGAAAUUCAGAAAAUGUGAAGGAAGGAAAACUAUAAACAAGAGCAAAAUCAAAAGCAAAAAAAAAGGAGCAAAAAAAAAAAAAAAACUGGAAGAAAACUUCUGUUAAUAUUUGUUGUGAAUUACAGGAGAAGAUCAAAACUGCAGAUGUCAGAAAACGUGUUUUAGCCUGAAGCUUGAAUUUGUUUUGUUUGUCUGUGGGAACAAUUUUUGAUUUAUAUUUUAAUAUAUGUGUUUAAAAUAAAAGUCCUCUGUAUUUUCCAAAGUCUU